CCAAAUCUGAGUAGGAGAGCUUUCUGUUGCAGUUCUUUUACGCGCCUCAAUUAGGGUUUUCGCGAAAUUCUCUUCUAUGGCAAAUCCUUACAGAUCAAAGCAGGGUCUUAGCGCUAGACCAGUGGGUAACUCUGAUGAGAUCCAAUUGAGGAUCGAUCCUGUGCAUUCAGACUUGGACGAAGAAAUUUCGGGUCUUCACAGACAAGUUACAGAGCUCAAAAACGUGGCUCAAGAGAUUGAAACAGAAGCACGGGUUCAGAAUGAUUUAGUGUCUGAUUUGGUAAAUAUCUUGCUUGAUUUCUCCUCUUUUAUAAAUCCUUUACCUGAUGGAAGAAUUUGGUAAAUUCCAGUUUUGAUAUAUUUAGAGCAGCUUGGAAUUUGUCAAAACCUUAAUGAGACUACCAAUGUUGUUGUUGAUCUUUUCCAUACAAGAAUCUUUUCUGUUCUUUAUCAGCAUUGGUUUCUUUUACAGCACUGGGAUUUCAGUGCUAUUUAUGUGCCCAUCAAUUAUCUUUCUUGUAAAGCAAGGAUGUUCUGGUGGCCCAUGUGUCAUCCUUAUCAGCGUCAAGUAAUGCUAGGACAGCUUGUAUUUAACAAGUUGCUGCUUCUGGUUCUUGAAACAGCAAACGCUAAUGAGCCGAGCUCAAACAGGAGUAAAAAAUGGCAUGAGGAGGUUGAACAAAAAUGUCAUCCAGCAAAAAUCGAAUCAUGUCUUGCAAGUGAUCAUAUUUGGACUGUUUUGUUUCAGUAUGGUUUACCUGUGGUCUAAGUUAUUCAAAAGAUAAUUAUCUGCUAAUGAGUGCACAUGUUAACUGCCGAAGCAAAGAUGUUAUUACAGUAACACAAGUUUUCUCCAACAAAAGGUUCCUCCGCCAUCCUUCUUACUUUUGAGUACAGUGAUUUAACUUGUUUACUUGAAGUGGUAGUGCUUGCCGUUAAUUUUACACAUAUCAAAUGCAGUAUAUGUAUGAAACCACAUUUCUUUUCAAUAUCUCUUCUGUAGUUAUUUCAAAAGACUCACUCCCUUCUUCCCUUUCCUUCUUUGUUCCUCCAUAGAACAAGAGCCAUGAUAUUGAGAUGCUCAGCUACAAUGCUUGUGGAGUAUUAUCUAUAGCAUAAUCUCCAACACAAUGUAAAUGAAUGUGAGGAGGACUG